ACUGUUCUGCUCGAGUCGCGCGAGUCCGUGAACAUGUCGUCCACCGUGAAAAGUCUUAAAGUGACAUACAGUCCCGUGAACGAGAGCAACACUUUUCGAAGUGGCGACUGCGUGAGCGGCCAGGUGGCUCUGGAGGUGGCGAAAGACUGCGAGAUCCAGUCGCUGUCCAUCAAAUUCAAGGCGAAGGCGGAGGUGAUGUGGUCGGAGCGGCACGGACAGACCACGCACUACUACCACUCCAAGGACAAGUACUUCUCCACCACGCACUACUUUGUUCGCGACAAGGAUAAAAAAGAUGGAGAUUUUGAAACUCUACUGACACAACAAAAUGGAGCAACAUAUGGCAAUGUUGUCGCCCCUGGAUGUCACGUCUACCCAUUCUCUUUUGUGAUCCCGCCAGGGGAUCUGCCGUCGUCUUUCAAAGGAGAAUAUGGUAAAAUUGUUUUUCUGUUGGAAGCCAAACUGUCCAGAUCAAUGAGAAUCAGCAAGACGGACACAGCCAAACUCAACUUUGUUAGCAGUGUCAACAUGAACCUGCUUCCUGAAAUAACAGUGCCACAACAUGAUACUGUGGAGAAGAAAAUGAAGGUCUUCAGCUCAGGAGCAGUGUCCAUGGAUGCACGACUGGAGAAGACUGGGUUUGUCCAAGGAGAAGGAAUAAAGGUCCUGGUCUGUGCUCAAAACAACUCCUCUCGUCCCAUCAAGCCAAAGUUCUGCAUUUACACAAAACACUGCUUCUUCGCUGAGGGGAAGAGGAAAUGUUAUACCAAAGACCUCCUGAAGGAGGUGGGAAACCCCAUCCCACCGUCGUCUAAUGAGAACGUGACCAAGAUUAUAAACGUGCCCCACGAUGUCCAGCCGUCCAUCCUCAACUGCCAGAUUAUCACAGUGGAGUACAGACUCAGGGUUUAUCUGGACGUCAAAUAUGCUUCAGACCCAGAAAUCAAGUUCCCCAUAAUCAUCCUGCCUGCCGCUGGGGUUCCCUCUGAUUUCCUCCCUCAAGCUGCUGCUGCAACAUUCGGAUUUGAGGCCUUGAACAUCCAAAACCAACCCAGCUUUGCCUAUUCGCCACUGCAGGAGCUACCUGAAGCGACUCAUAAUGCUGAAGCUCCACCCCCUUAUGGUGCCCAUUCGAUGUAUCCAACGUAUUCGAUUACAGGCUUAAAGUACUAAACAUUUCAAUGUGUUGCUCCAGGUUACCUGAAGAAUGCAUUUUUACUAUGCUUUUACUUAGCUUGUGACUGGAAACUGCCUUUUAUACACGGUUGAAUGAUAUGACAAGGAUGACUGAUGUGUUCUCACUGAAAUACUGCAUAGAUGCUGUCAUCUCUACACCUGCUCUCUGACCUCACAUUACGACUUUGAAAGCUUCCGUAUUAUGUCAUGUCUUGUGACAUGUCAUGUGACAUUAGCUCUUUAUUGGCUCAUACCAUCUAAAGUUUCAUCUCAAAGUCAAAGAGACAGCUACAAAUUGUAUUUGUGUAUUUAUUUUGUAUCAAUACCUCAACUUGGACUGACAUCUCGGGAAGAAACCCAGGAAGUUUGAACUCAGUUUUAUGUGUCUUCCAAAACCAAUGCCUGUCGACAAUUCUCAUUAGAUGGGUAAUGAUAUGCGUGAUAUUAAGAAAUAUAUUGUAAAUCCAUGGCUUUUACAGGCUUCACACAAAACGAUGGAAGUGUCAGUUCAGUUACUAACUUGUCUGAGCCACAGACGUUUGCAAUGUGUGGGUGGGGUCACAAUAGCCCUGUCCCUGUGGUGUGUAGUUUGUUUAUAACCCAAAUACUGACCUGUUGUUUGUAUUAUUCAUUGUUAUUUUAGUAUUUUAAUAGCAUUGAAAACAUACAGCUGCUGUUCUUCUCGUCUCAACAUUUCCUUAUAUGUGUGCAUGCAUACAUAUUUAUCAUGCGAAGACUGUUUGACGUAUUCUGUUUUAUAUUUCAUGACAUAAUAAAUGAAAUUGAUAAAAAGCAAUAUUUUCUGAAAUGCCAUUUUUUUCCCACAAGUUAAAAUUCUGAUUUUAUUGACGUAAAUUCCUUUGCAUGUGUAUUGGUUUGUAAAACCUGUUUUUCUCAUAUU